CUUUCAUCUCUACCCCGUCAAAUGCGGACAUGAAAGGAUUUAAGCGUUUGCAGGGCCGAGCCCAGUUUCCGAGCCCCCCCAGCUAGAAUCACAGCUGGAUCUGUUUCUUUUUUUGCGCUAAAGGCGGGCACAUUAAACAUUUGCUGGCAAUGAAGCUUCGCUGCUUGCGUGCGUGUCAGGGAGCGGGAUCUCCGCAACGUCAGAUGGUCAAGGAUCUGGCUGCAGAGCUUCGCCUCAUGGCCAAGGCGCCAAGGACGGUGAUAGGGCGUCGAUUGGUGGAUGCCAUCUGAUAGCCUCCAAUGUCUCAGAGCCCCUCGUCUAGCCCAGCUGAGAACCCGCAUCCCAGGGCAGUCCCACUUGAGACGCGCAUAUAUCCCUCACGGCCAAGGACACGGGAGUCGGGAUAGGUACUUAUAUCUAGCACAUGGCCGCCCAAAUCACCACCUUUGGCAACUGAAACAACCCAAGACUCGACGUUCAGACCUUUGGUGCCAACUUUUCAGUUUUCCCCACACAAAUAGACCCCACAGAGCAGAUAGGACAGCCAUGGAUCUCUUCAACAAGUUCGCCCAGCAGGCCACCUCGGGUCGCAAGGACGACGAGGACGAGCAGAGGCAGGACGAGCAGAAGUCUUCGGGCGCUGAGGGUCUGCUCGGUAAGCUCAGCAGCUUCACCAACGGCGGCAAAGAGGACAAUGACAAGGAGUCCUCGGGCUCCGGCAACCUGCUCGACAAGCUGCAUGGCCUGGCGGGCGGAGGCCCGGAGAGCGAGAAGAAGGAAGACGGCCUCGACAAAGGAAUCGACUGGGUUCAGGAGAAACUCCUCAAGCAAGGCGCCCAAGACAACGAGUCCGCCGCCGAGCAAGCCAAGGACAAGUUGAUUGCCGAGACCAUUCGCGAUCAGUACAAGAAGCAGUUUGGCAAUGAUUUCCCCAUCAGGGACAGAGAUUAGGGCGCCGCUUAGGUUAGUCGGUCGUCCUGGCUGCGGCUGUGCUUUGCCCGUCGAUUAUUUGGGGGUAUCGCGAGUUUAUAUGAUCUCCUGUGUAUCAUUAAUUACGAGUUACUCUUCCAGCCAGCACUUAGUACUGAGUCGGAUGAUCGGAAGAAUGCCGAGAUUCCAUUCCUUCACCGUGAUUAUCAACUGACUCUCGUACCACUGUCUACCCGGUGUUAUGUUAUCCCCAGACUUCUCUUUAACAGGAUAGAGGGAGAGCCGGCAUCUCUUACAUCCCCGAUGAAUUCAAGUCGCCCACUGCUUA